AUGACGACCACCUCUCGACUCUCGGAGAACUGCCAUCCGCGGCCCUCGGGCGGAUCCUCGCCGCCGAGCCCGAUCCUCACACCGCGCGCCCACCGCGAUAAACGCAAAGCGCUGCACCCGCGAGCCGACGAGAGCGAGGACGGCUAUUCGACGCACCCAUCGAUAUACUCUGCCUCGCCGGUGGGCUCCUCCGACUCCGAGUGCGGGCGCGGCCAGCAGCCGGACACGGGGGUGUUCGAGCAGGAGGUUGACGGCGGCGAUACUGAUACUGAUACGGACCGCGGCGGCGCGAAUGGUGAACUCACCGGAAGAAGGAACUUCUCGAGCUUCUCUGGGCUGAGCAUGUUGGAUACUAUCAGCGAGCGGAAAAGUGUGGCGUCGACGGUCGUGCUACAUGAUGAGGUGGAUGAUGCCAAUGGAGACGAUGAGUUCUGUGGCGAUGAGUACUCGACAGAUGAUGAAUUUGGGUAUGAGUACGGACAGCCGUUUUAUUACGAAUACGCGAGUCCGACGCAGCCGCUACAUCCGGCGAGGUCGAGGUCGGCGCCCCCGAGAGAAAUAAACCCGCUGUUAUCACACACGUACCAAUCCUCGUCCGUCCCGGUCGUGCACACCUUCUUUUCGCGCUCGCCCACGCACUUCGGCGAGAUGCAACACAGCCCGCCGCCACAGCGGCCCGCAUUCCGUCCCGUGCAGAGCAUGAACCGGUCGUACGGCAGUCUGAUGGCGCACCCGUUCCACCGAGCGCCGAUGGCCGAGAGCGGUGUGCGAAGGAUGAUGGAUGCUAACGCGCCGACGCCGGACGAGAUCGAGAGCCCGACAAGAAGCCGCACUAGCCUCAGUGGAGAAAGGGCUGGCGGCUGGAGUAGGUUCUUGAAAGGCUGCUGCCUGGUCUGCUGCUGCUUGGUCGUCGAUGAUGAGACGCCGCCAUCGCCGCGGAGGCAUUGA